CCACCAUGGCAGACAGUCCCGCUGCUGCCGAUUCACUGCGCGUCUGCGCCCUAUGCGACAAGCCCUUCAUGAGCGAGCCAUCUUACGCCCGCCACGUCUCCUACUGCCGCAACUCGCAGAUCCGUCCCCGCCACCGCCAGAGGUCAUGCCGCAACUGCAGCUUGGCCAAGGUCAAGUGCUCCUUCGAGCCCCGCUGCUCCAGAUGCAUCGCCAAAGGGCUCGACUGCCUCUACGACCACCCGGCAUCCACCCGCAAGACUAAGCCCGUCAUUCUCGACACAAACCCGCCUCCCCUUCCGGACUGCGGCUUCCUUGCAACCGCGGACCUCUUCACAUACGAUGACGACAUGUCUCUGGGAAACAUCGCCGGUCUCUUGAGCCCGCCUACCGCAAAUGCGACCGACAAGCAGGUACCAAGCGAUCCUCUGCAUCUUCCCACCGAAGCCCACUCCACAAUUCCGAAUGCAAUUGACCUUGGCAUGUCGGCGGACCAUGUCGCGCCGCAAGGUGUUCCUUGGCUCGGGCGGUCGGCUUUGGCAUCUGACAACACGAAUUCCGCCCUAACUAAUGCGGGAUUCCUCGCACAUGUCCCCAUUCAUGACCCCGUCGCUCAGUACAGUGCCACGAUUGUCAUGCAGGCCCUACAGAGCUUUCCACGCAUGAUGUUGCGAAGACCGACUUUCCCACCUUUCAUACAUCCGCACUGGCAUUAUGCAAAGAGCCCUCUUCCGGAGUCGCUUACCAAUUGCAUGGGCAUAGCUCAUGUCUUUGUAUCUACGAGCAUCGAAACACGGCCAUUUCUUUGGCAAACCAUCGAGCGAGAGCAGCAGCGUUUCCUGACCAAAGUGGACCAAAUGCCAAAGGAAGAUCUGCUUGCUGCAGUGCAAGCACAGGUUAUUUACAUCAUCAUGAAGGUUGUCAUAAAUGAUCCGCAGCAAUCAGCGGAGUCCAACCUGCAGAUGCUCCUAACAUUCCAGACGCUCUGUGAGCGCCUCAUGAAGCUUCUUCAAGAGCCAUUCUGUCUGUCUGAGCAAAUUUCGCUCAGCUCUACCUGGGAAGAAUGGAUACUCGCCGAGUCGAGAAGGAGGACCGCAUGCGUGUGGUUUCUCAUCAGCCGCCUCGUCAGUGUCAGGACGGGCAUACCGUGUGACGCGGUAGAGCAGUUCCUGGCGCUCCCGCUACCAUCACCUAAAGUUAUAUGGGAGACUAGCACACGCGACAUGUGGGUAUCAGAACAUGACGCAUGCGGCACUGCCAUGCACGAGCCUGACCUGGUCAAUUUUGGUGGUCUUAUCGAGUCUCAUAAACGGCGCAACGAGCCGGCGCACGCGCGCAAGCUGGACACAUGGAACGCGGAAUCUGAUCACUUGGGCUCUCUACUUAACGUGACCGUAGCUAUGAUAUAGAAAUGGCAGCAUGCUAAAGAAUGAAUUGUUGAAAGCUCCCUACAGACUAGCUCCUACU